AUGAUACGCCUUCCCCGCGCAUGUCGUGGAAGAACUGCCGUGCGGUUCCCAGUCAAAGGCUCCCACGUGUGUUGUGUGGAGCUGACACUUAAGGAACUCGCUUCUGCAGGAAAGGUUGUUUUUUACACCGGUUUUCCCAAGGCUCGCGGCGCGGAAUUAUACCCGUUUGGGUCUACAUUCCCGUCAUUAAGGUGAGUUUGGCUGCGACUUUCGAGGCGUGUUUGUUUCCUUAUGGACACCGGCUCCUGUUUGUUCGUGGUUUCCUGUGUUGCAUCGUACUUGGUAGUCUGGCCAGUUGGGUAAAAAUUGGUGACUGGUUUUGGGCUCUCAUCCGUUUUCUGUCCUGCGUGGAUACGGGCGCCCGUCACUUUUGGUUCCACCUCCGUCAGGGCUUAACUUUUGUAAGUUUUCCCUUUUCUCUAACCUACUUUUUCUAGUUUGUUAGUUGUUUUUGCUGUGCUGUGUAUAGCUUUUGCUUUGUGUCGCAAGUUUUUUGGCGUCUUUUGGACACAAAUUACUUGGUCCUCUGGCAAUUGGCGUUUUUACGCAAAUUGUAGAUUUUUUCUUGCAAUUAGUGUCUUCCUGCCACUAAUUGCGUUGUUAUUGUAGAUUGGUGUCCUUUGGAUUCUAAUUUACCUUUUUGUGUUUUUUGUGCUUUCAAUUGGUGUCUUCGGCAUACAUUGUUUGUCUAUUUUCUUAUUGGUGUCCUUCCGCCACCGAUUGUUAUGUCUUUACUUUCGUAUGGAUUAGCGACUUUUGACUCCAAUCUUUCACUUUCGUCUUUUUUUCUAAUUUCGCCUUUUGCUUUUGCGCUUCUUGCCGUUUUCGCUUUUUCACCUUUCCGCUUUUUAAUUUUUCCCGUUUCGCUUUUUCGCCCUUUUCUUCGCUUUUCGUGUCUGGUUUUUCGCUAUUGUCGGCUGCGUCAUUAUGCGUCUGCCAAAACCAAUUACCCUGCGGGUCGGUCGCAAGCUGGCCGAUAAGUCGAAGGAUGAAAUUAUGAGCGAAGUUCUUCGGGUUUUCGCCGGCCUGGAAGUCAAAGCCAUCCAGGUCGCCUAUGAGGUUGUCCGUGUCACAUUUGCCACUCCGGAGCAUUUCCGGGCAUCCAAAUCUUAUUCGGGUAAGCACCUUUUUGGGUUAUGGUGUUCCAUCUUGGGGGCGGCCCCCCUGUUACGUGCGUGCACGUCUUUGACUACCCUUUUGAAGAGGAUGACAUAUCAUUGGAGGUUGCUUUUGACGCUUUUGGUACGGUUAAGUCCGUUAAAAAGCAGACCUAUGUGUCUAACCCCAACGUCUUUAAUGGUACCAAGCUAGUUAACAUUGUCCUGUCUGGGGUGUUGCCCCGUUUUCUAAUAGUUGACGGUUACUUGUGUCGUUUAUGGUAUCGGGGGUCAGCCCUUUGUCUGCAAUCUUUACGCUGUUCAGGGGCGCAAGUCGGCUACCUGCCCAAAUAAGGACAAAUGAAGGAAGUGUGGGCGAACCGGGCAUUUUGCCCGAGAUUCUACCUCUGUUUAGUCGGCGGGAGAUUCCGGAGAUUUUCCGCCCCUUGGCUCAUCCGCCUAGGCUGCAGAAACAGGUGGCUCUAAUGCCUCUUCUGUCUCUAAUGACUGUUGAUUCACAGUUCUUUAAGGAUAACGAACUUGAUCUGGUCCAGAGUCAGUCAAUUCUGCGGGACUUAGAUCCUGCUGGUAGUUCUGUUGAUGAAGGGUCUAUUUGA